AUGUCAAGUCCAAACCUUCUUUUCUCGGAUAAUGAGGCCGACGUAUCUCAAGCUGCCAAAACCUACGGCAUAACGACGGCACAGUUCGAAGCACUCCUUUCACGAAGUACAGAUGCCAAAGCCACAGCAUACUGCCCAUACUCGCAAUUCCGUGUCGGAGCAACUAUCCUGACAGAAGAUGGUGCCUUCGUCGAUGGCGCAAAUGUUGAAAACGCAGCGUAUCCAGUAGGAACGUGCGCAGAGCGUGUCGCAUUUGGCAAGGCUGUCACAGGGGGACACAGGAAGUUCAAAGCUGUGGCGGUCGCAACGGAUAUCUCGCCGCCUGCGAGUCCUUGUGGCAUGUGUAGACAAUUCAUUCGCGAGUUCUGCGACCUGAAAACACCCAUCUUCAUGUUUGAUAAGGAUGGAGCUUUUAUAGUGAUGCGGCUAGAACAAUUACUUCCACUAUCUUUCGGACCAGAAGCACUCCCUCCCCCUGGUUCUCUGACAGCCGCGAGAGGAUGA